AUGAAGCUCCUAUCGCUCGCGCUCCUCGCCGCGGCCAAUUCGGUCGUCGCGCAGAACUCGACGUUCUUGGAUGGGCUCAUGAGCACCCUCGAACACGCGGGAUGCACGUCGUUGACCCAGCUCGCGUCUUCCCUCAACAGCACUAGCCAGGGCCAAUACCUCCUGAAGACAAUCUCGAACGGCGAUCCUUACGUGCUGUUUGCGCCCAACGACACAGCUGUGUCGAAUGCACCGUCCAACCUGACAAGCAACCCGGCCGACCUGCUCUCGUACCACGUCGUGCAUGGCAACUUCAGUGGCCAGUCGACGACCUAUCCCAACACGACCGUCGGCCGCACCUUCCUCAACGACACGACAUAUGUCAGUCUUGAGGGCAAUAAGAGCCAGGUUGUCGCGUGGGCAACUCGGUCCGACGGCAAUGUUCACGUUCUGAACCAGAGGAGUGACUCUUCCAGUAUGGUAACGAACGUCACGUCCUACGGCAACGUCACGAUUUACGUCGUGUCCUCCGUGCUCGAGUGGCCCGACAACUUCAGCGGGGCCCUCUCUGCGGACACGCCGUACCUCGACGGGCUCGGUGCGACCAUCUCGAACGUGACGCAAAGCUUCUACAACGGCACGGAUGGUUCCACGAGCAACGAGACUGUCGCGCGCAUCAUCGACGGUGGCUUCAAGGGCUUUACGCUCUUCGCCCCGAAUACGUCCGCCAUUGAGGCCCUCGGUGGAGGCAUCACGCAGUACGAGCAAAACGCGACGCUCUUGCAGAUCAUCCUCGCCAACCACAUCAUCAACGGUACUUCUGUAUACUCCCCGGAGCUCGUCGGUCAGGACUACACCUCCGCUGCGGGAGAGCAAUUCUCGUUCUCGAUCAACUCGACGGGCCAGUACGUCAAGAUGGGCUCCGUGACCGCGCGCAUUAUUCAACCGGACGUGCUCCUGAGCAACGGUGUCGCGCACAUCAUCGACCAGGUCCUGCUCAACACCGAAGAGGACACCAGCGCUGCUAGCUCCGCGGCUGCAUCGGCUACGUCCAUGGCCGCGCAGAGCACGACGGAGACGCGUCCCAUCGGGUACUCGCAGACGGCGUCGCUCGCCUCGGGGGGUGCGUCGGGAUCGAGCGCAUCAGGCUCCUCGUCAAGCAGCUCCGCCGCCCUCGCUGUUGGUGGCCUCAGCGCGAGCCAGAUUGUCGGUCUUGGGUUCACUGCCGUCGCUCUCAUCGUUGGUGCCUUCGUCGUCAUCGCCUGA